AUGUUUUAUCCCCCUUUAGUCCUUGCCUGCCUGGCCCUUUUGGUGGCUACCACUGGAGCCGCUAAUAUUCGGCCCACGGUGAAGGUCGUGAACAACACGCUGUAUCGCCGCUAUGUGUGCGUGAACAAGUCGAAUGGAUUCCGCGCCCUGGUGCCCGGCAGCUGCUCUAGAUUCUACGAGUGCCAGAAUGGUAUCGCUACCGAGACCUCUUGCCCAGGGUUCUAUGACUCGAAGGUUCAGGGCUGUGUUAGCUAUAACACAGGAUGCGUUGAAGUAAUGCAAGUAGCAGCUGUAGGUGUUGGCAAUAGCGUGGAGCCUUGUGGUGAUGCAACAACCACUUGUACAACAACAACAUGUACGCCACCAACAACAACCACUUGUACAACAACAACAUGUACGCCACCAACAACAACCACUUGUACAACAACCACAUGUACAACACCAACAACAACCACUUGUACAACAACCACAUGUACAACACCAACAACAACCACUUGUACAACAACAACAACCACUUGUACAACAACCACAACAACAACAACCACCUGUACAACAACCACAACAACAACAACCACUUGUACAACAACCACAACAACAACAACCACUUGUACAACAACCACAACAACAACAACCACUUGUACAACGACAACAACAACAACAACCACUUGUACAACGACAACAACAACAACAACCACUUGUACAACGACAACAACAACAACAACCACUUGUACAACAGCCACAACAACAACAACCACUUGUACAACGACAACAACCACUUGUACAACGACAACUUGUACGACACCAACAACGACCACCUGUACAACAACAACAUGUGCACCCCCAACCACAACCACCUGUACAACAACAACAUGUGCACCCCCAACCACAACCACCUGUACAACAACAACAUGUGCACCCCCAACCACAACCACUUGCACAACAACCACCUGUAAGCCAGCAACAACAACCACGUGCACAACAACUACCUGUAAGCCAGACCCGACCACAACUCCCUGUAUAACAACCACCUGCAGUGGAGCAGUAACGACAACAGUUUGUGCUCCUGGAAGCUCAGGCGGUAAAGCCAGACCUUCAUCUGUUUAUGCAAGGCCCGUAGCGAGACCCGUGAACGCUUUGCCUGCAGUCAUGGAUCAGCCCCUGAUGCAAAUGGGUUCACCAACGAAUCAGCUAAGCAUGAACCUCUACACCAGCUAUGUGUGCCGGACCAAGCCCGACGGUUUCAUGCUGGCCUCCCUGACGAGCUGCAACAACUAUUAUAUCUGUCGCUACGGCAAGCCCCUGCAGGUGAGCUGCGGUGAGAAGUACUUCAAUGCACUCAAGGGCAUCUGCGAUCUGCCAGAAAAUACGCGUUGCAUACAGCCGAGAGCCUAA